GCUUAUCUUAAAUGGGAAUCCAACCCAAAUGAAAACUUGUAUUUGUAAGGAAAAGAAAAAUCGGACAAGUUGAUAGGUGAAAGUUUGAACAAUAUUGGACAAACAACAAGAAAGUUAUGAAUUUUUAAAAGUUGUAAAUAUUGGUAAUCACUAUACCCAUGGAGACUUCAAAUUGGCCGCAUAUGGGAUGUCAUAGUUAUGUAAGGCAAGGACUACUCUUUCAUGUACUCCAAUACAUAUUAUGGCUAAAAUGUCAUUUUUCCUAUAAGUUUUAUUUCAAAUUAUAUUUUUCGUUCAUGAGGACAUAAAAAAAAUAUACUACCUGGGUUAUAUUUAGAUUACUGCCCCAGUGGAAUGGGUACUUAAAAGUAAACCACAAAUCCCUGAUAAUAAAGUACAUGGCCUAUGGGAAAGUUGUCCUUGCCCCUUGUCAUAAUUUACUUCCCCAGUUGCCAAUUUGAAAUCUACAUAGUAUUAGUGAUCUCAAUUUUAAAACAGCUAUAACUUUCUUAAUGCUUGUCCGAUUUCUUUCAAACUUUCACCAUUCUGUUUAAUUUAUUUUUCUCCUUCCCAACACAACAUUUUAUGGCCAAGGCUGGAUUCCCCUUUAAUACUAGUAAUGUGCAUUUUAGUAUUUACUCUUGUAAAUUUAUUUUGUCCCCAUUAUUGUACAUAAUACUGUCAGGGCAUUUGGUGGCUUUUUGAAUAUUAACAUGCUUCAUUUAUUACAUACAUGACAUGACAAAAUAAUGAUACAUUUCGUUAGUAAUCAUGUUUUCAUCCAUUAUUUCACAAAAAAUCACAAUUACUUGCAUUUAGUGCUCACUUUUGUGAAAUUUAUCAAAAUCUUAACCAAGGUUAAGUUUUUGAAAUGUUAUAUGGACCUAGUUCAUAAAACUUAGACAUAAGGGUAAAAGUGUAUCACUGAAGAUCAUGCAUGAGUUUCAGGUUACAUGAUUAAGGUCAAAGGUCACUUAGGGUCAACGAACUUUGGCCAUAUUGGGGUUAUUUGAGGAAUUGUCAUAACUUUAAAAUUUUAUGGAUCUUGUUCAUGAAACUUGGACAUAAGAGCAACCAUGUAUCCCUGAAUAUCAUGUGCCAGUUUCAGGUCACAUGACCAAGGGCAAUGGUCAUUUAAGGUCAAUGAACUUUGGCCAUGAUGGGGGUAUUUGUUGAAUUACCAUCAUAACUUUGAUCGUUUAUGGAUCUGAUUCAUAAAACUUGGACAUACAUGUAAGAGUGAUCAAAUAUCACUGAACAUCUCAUGCGAGUUUUGGGUCAUAUGACCGGUCACAUAACCAAAGUCAAAGGUCAUUUAAGGUCAAUUAACUUUGGCCAUUUUGGAGGUAAAUAUUAGAUUGCUGCCAUACCUUUCAAAGUUUAUAGAUAUAGUUUAUGAAAUGUGGAUAUAGGGGUAAUCAAGUAGCACUGACAAGUCUUACGUCGCAUGAUCAAGGUCAAAUGUCAUUUAUUUUCAAUGAACAUAGUAUUGUAUCAUUAUAUGAAUUGUAUUUUUUGUGAAUAAUUAUGUUAGAUAGUAUUUUUUUUAAAUUAGCGGUGCUUAGAUGAAUGGUGUGAUGCAGGUGAGACUGCCAGAGGCGCUCCACUUAAUUUGUAAUAAUCUUUUUUUCUGGUAUGCACUGUAUAACUUUUGUAUUUAUCUGUUAAAGCAGUAUAAAUCUUUUUUUUCUUUUGCAGAAAUGGUUAGCUAUAUGAAAACGGUGGCCAAUUCAGGUGAUGAAGAUUUAUCAGUAGAAGAAAGGAACCUUCUGUCAGUAGCUUACAAGAAUGUAAUAGGAGCAAGACGUGCCUCAUGGCGCAUUGUCAGCAGCAUUGAGCAGAAAGAAAAAGAUAAAACAAAAGAAGGUGACCAAGACAAAGUAGAGGAGGUCAAAAAGGUCAGAUUAGAGAUUGAGAAGGAGCUGAAAGACAUCUGUGAAGACAUCCUAAACCUUCUCCGGGAUUCCUUGAAAAAAAAUGCUAAAGAAAAUGAGUCUCAAGUAUUUUACCAUAAAAUGGAGGGAGACUACCAACGAUAUCUAGCCGAGUUCUUGGUCACUGAUCAACGUAAGGAAGCUUCUGAUGCAAGUUUAAAAGCAUACAAAAGUGCUAGUGAUAUUGCAGGAUCAGGUUUACCACCAACACAUCCUAUUAGGUUGGGCCUGGCACUCAACUUCAGCGUGUUCUAUUAUGAGAUCAUGAAUUCCCCCGACCGUGCCUGUCGCCUGGCCAAGAGUGCAUUCGAUGAUGCCAUCGCGGAGCUAGAUGCUCUCAAUGAGGAUAGCUACAAGGAUUCAACCCUGAUAAUGCAGCUCUUGAGGGACAACCUAACGCUAUGGACUUCUGAUCUUCCUAAGAAUGAUGGAACGGAGAAGCCAGACAUAGAGGACCUUGAAGAUACACAACAGCAGGAGGCAUCUUAAUCUAAGGUCGUAGGUCACUUGGACUCAUUCUCCAACACACAGAUUAGAAGCAAUGUUUAUCUACAAUGCAGUUGUGUGUUUCUAGUUUCAUUUUAUCAUACUAAUCAACUUGCUUUACCUCCUUUCUCUGUAAACUGCACAGAUUCGAUUUUAAAAAUUGUCACUAACUCUUGAAAGAAAUAUUGGGUAAUGGUUACUUCUUGAAACAAAUAUAGAAUUGUACUUGUUCAGGAUGAACACACAAGACAUUGAAAUAAUUUAUUACUCGUGUUGUGUGGAGAUAUUUUAGUUGUAGAAACUGCAUAAAUUAAUAAGUUGUCCAAAAAGCACAUAUUUAUAACAAGGAAGGAAAAAAGACCAUCUUUGCAUUGUAGUUACCAAAUGGUUAAUAGAAAUCUAUGAUUGUGAAAUAUAUACACUUUAAAAUGUAAUGUGUACCUAUAUUGUGUAAGAUAUUGUAAUUUUUUGAGCUUCGUAUAAUGCAUUAGGCAAAGAAAAACAAAAUUUGAAGAAAAAAAAUACAAAAAAAGGAGAAAAAAUAUGAAUGUGUAUAUAUUUAGUCAUUCUUAUUAAUCAAUUGUUUCAAAUGUGUGUUCCGUUUGAUACUUGCUAUGUCACUAGUUUUUAUUGGCUGGAUUAGAUAUAUACAAAUGCAUAAGAGACAUUCUCUCUCUCUUUUUUUUUAAUUGUGGCACUAUGUGAUGUAUGAUGAUGUAGUUUUUUUUUCUGCUGUAAGUAUUUUCUAGUUGUGGGUUUCGAAAGUGCCAUCAGAACGAUGAGGCUACAUCAAGAACCUCCAAAUACAUGGAAAGUAAAAUAGAAAAAUGUUAUUUGAAAAGAAAAGUCUGAUGCACUAUUCCAGCAAGAAGUGAUAUCUGAAUAAUUUAAUGUGGAGUGAGAGCUUUAUUUGGUUCCAAAAUACUUUGUAAUCCCUUGCUUUCCUCAGUUCUUAUUCAUUCCCCCAUCAACCCUAUUAUUUGUUUUGUUUAUACAGUGCAAAAAAAAAAUGGUUUUGUGAAUAUUAUGAAAAUUUUUAAUGAAUCUGGUUGAUAUUUUGAGUUUAUUUCUUUGCUUUUUCCUGUGAAGUAAGCCUAUGCGAUCCAUAUCACUUAUUUUCUAUGUCACUUUCUAUUGUUUUUGGUACCCAAUGUAUUUUUUUCAAUAGUUGAUAAUUUAUUUUUAAAGGGGUGCAUUUUUAGAGUAUGAAGGCUCGAGAGGAUGACUGUCUAGGUGUCUCUUUGACAGUGUUAAGUAUGAUAAGAGAUGUAUAGAAGUGAUCCGUAGAAUGCCAUCUUUUAUCUAUACGUGGUUGAAACAAAUGGAAGUUGUAUGUACAAUGAUGGCCAUUACACAGGGCUGACUUCAGAUUGAUGAAGACACAUUUUGGGGCUCAAUUGUCAUAGGAUGUGGAGGCAGCUUCUACCAAUUCUGCCUUGAUUUAAAAGAGACUCUGUACUUACCAACAAGAAGAACAUCGCAGAGGGACAAUCAAUUCCAGGACUAGAAUGGCAAAACCCAAGUCAGGCCUGGAGGGGGUUAGGGGAUAUAUUGUAAGUUUUCUUGCCCAAUAUGAAGUGUUUGGGGUUUUCAGAAUGAAUCAGAGUUGGUUUAUCAAGGUGUCGUUUGCAGUAUGACUUGCAACCACAUUACUUUGGUUUGGUCCUUGGAUGGUUCUUAAAAGUACAAUGGUCAUCACACGAACUGUAUUUCCAUUUGACCAUGUGUGUGACUGAACAUGUAAAGAAAUUAUUGAAUGCAAAAUAUAAAUGCAAAUUUGAUGUAACUUGAAAGAGUAAUACUUGUUUGGCAAUCAACAUAUGUGUCUAAAAGGACAUGUAGUGGGAUGGGAAUAGCUUGUUUGUGGUGAAAAAAAACUUCAGGAGGAACAUUCAUUUUUCUUAUUGUUCUAGAAAAUUACAAACUUCAAUCGUACUGCAGUUUUCUUUUAAAUAAAUAAAAAACUGUACACUGUACCCAAGUGUGUUUUAGGGGAAAAUUAGAUGUGCUAGUUUGACUUGUGUGAAUGUAAUGAUUGCUGUUAAAAAUUGUACUGGUGGUGUUUAAACUUGUUGAUAUAUUUUCUUCUCGUUAUGAUCAAUGACAUUUGUGUUCUUGAUCUUGUUGAUAUUGAAGAUGCUCAUAGUUUUACAUACAUGGAUGAAAAUUUGCGGAAUUCAAGUAAUUCUGGUGUAAAUUCCCUCUUUAGAUUUUGAUUUUCUCAUGUUAUUCUGAGACAAUCUCUGAAAUUUUUUUGAAAUCCUUACAAAUCCCUGCAGAUAGUUAGAAUUAACUGCCAUGACAUACACCGGCCUAUUGACCAGAGACUGACCAGAGCCUUAUAACAUAAAGCUUAGCUGUUGAGCAUGGAAUUGAUUUCUAUGAUUUAUUGCAUUGGAUAUUGUAUAUGAUCAAUCACAAAAAUCAACCCUGCAAUGGCAUAAAAUUAGUUGCUUCUUUGCUUAAAUUAAAGGGGGGGGGGAUAUUGUUAAAACUACAAUCAUAUACUUGUAGAUUGUUUUAACUUCUUCCUUCCAUUCAAAAUAUGUUUCUCCAAAACAACUCGUUAUUUCGAACAAUUGAUGAAAUGGUUAAUGCAGUUGACUCCCCUUAGCCCUUUACUAUAAGUAUUGACUACUUAUGAAGAUGACUGAAUGAUCAUUCCGGAGAUGGUUAUACCCACCCUCCUAUCACCCCGAGGCUUUGGCCAAGGCUUGAUAGAAAGGCGCAGUAUGAAAAGUGCUGAGGGAGUGAUGAUUUCUGUCAUCCGAAUACAGAGAAAUUCUGGUUUAUUUCAUAUACUUUGUCCUUUAUCACAUCACUUGAGACCAAAGAGUUACCGGUAUCAAUUUUAGGACCAUUAGUGCAACUCUAAAUCUUGGUUGGUUCACCAAGAGCUGCACAUGCUGUGGGUAAACUGGUUAAGGCAUGGCCAGUGCGCUGGUGGCUGCGCAUAUGUGACCGAGUUGCCAGAGUUAACUCAAGCUGCUAGCUGCGUACGUAGCAACACCAUUCAUGGUCCCGCCCUCAGGGGUUACGCAUUCUAUUACAGGGUUUGAUAGAAAAAAUGGAAAUUAAUCAAAACCCUGAGAUGCUGAUAGACCGAGUUGCACUGCGUCACAUUAUGUAGUUUUGAACAAUCAGUGAUUACAAUCUUAGUAUGAGGUACAUGAAGGUUGAUAAUAUUGAAACUCUUUAAAAUUGAAUGAAAAAAAAUCUUUAUUGGCUUGGACAUCCAUCAAAGGGAUAAAGUAGACAUUCAUUUCCAUUGUAGACAAAUAAUUCACUCCUUUUUCAGAUUAGGUGCUUUUAUUCAUGAAAAUUGAUAGUUCUAACUGCGUUUUCAUUAUGUUUCAUUUUAUAUUAUGAACAAUUAAUUCAUGAUGUUACAAAAAAUUGAAACUGGGGAAACAAGACAGUUUUGACUACCAUUCAUAUUAUUAUUCCAGCAUGGAAUGAAAUGGCUGCAAUGUUAUCAUUUCAUGUUCUUCAAAAUCUGAUCACUGUCAAAUUUAUAUUUGAAGGUAGACCAGUACAUUAUUAUAUAGUUGUAUGUAUUUCACACUUAAAAAAUUGAGGCUAAGUGGAUUAAAUGUCCUUAUUGUAGUGAUUGUUAUAGACUUAUCCUGUUUGCACAUUUAAAGAGUAAGAUUGAUUGAUUGAUAAAAACCAACAAAUAUGUAUGUUAUGCGUCUACACAGUGUCUGCCACAUGCUUACAGCACCUGGUUGAUGGUAAAUUGCUACCACAUUAAAAUGCAGACAUUGAUUAUAAAUGUCUCCCCAUAAAAAAUGUAA